AUGGACAGUGGAGCAAAUAAAAAUGUAGAUAUUUCGGUAGCGCUUGAGGAGUUAGGACGAGGUUCAAAAUUAGUUUGGACUGUGUUUUUCUUCACUGUGCUCUCGACAUUCUUCAGUGCUUUGCACACUGUGUCUUAUAUAUUUACUGCUGAGAUUCCAGAAUACGCAUGUUCAAUCCCGGAACUUGGAAGCGCCAAUUGGAGCGCAAGUCAAAUUAAAAAUAUCUCCACAGCAAGUGGAUCUUGUAACAAAUAUAAUUAUAAUUACACUUAUCUAGCUGAUUUGAGCUUCGAAGAUGCUUUGGAACAAACAAAGCCUUUGCAAUCUAAGUUGGAAGUGAUAACUUGUUCGAAGUUUACUUUUGGAGAUAGUAAAUGGCUUACAAUUGUUGAAGAAUGGGACUUGGUCUGUGAAAAAGCAAUGUAUCGAGCAAACUCCUACCUCGUAUUUGUCCUAGGAAAGCUUGUGAGCUCAGGAAUAUUCGGAAUACUUGCCGAUACAUAUGGUCGCAAAAGGUCAAUUAUUAUUGGAGUGUUAAUGCAAAUAAUUGCUGGGCCUCUUUGUGCAAUUGUGCCUUGGUUUUGGGCAUUUUUGUUGCUUAGAUUCAUUAUUGGUAUGAGUUUGACAGCUAUUCAAUUUUCUUCAUUGACUAUUUUGACAGAAAUAUCAACUUCAAAGUACAAACGAUGGCUUGGAGUGGCUUUCAACGUCGGAUAUUCUAUCGGAACGAUAAUUGUCGCCGGUAUCGCUUACUAUUUACCUCACUGGCGCCAUCUACAGCUUGCGAUAUCUAUCAGCGCAAUUAUUAUGGUGUUUUAUACAUUCUUCAUUCCCGAGUCUCCAAAAUGGCUUCUAACGCAAAAUCGCUUCGAAGAAGCUAAAAUAAUCGUAGAAAAAUAUACGAAAUUAAAAGUAUCACAAAUUGAUCUCCAGAAGGAAGAAAAAAAAGUUGAUGAUACUUAUUCCAAAAAUAGCCUCGAAAAUCUCAAUAUUUUAUUCUCAAACUCGAAAUUGAGGAAAAGGCUGCUCUCUAUGAAUUUUUCGUGGUUUAUUUCUUCCAUGACAAGUUUUGUCCUUGUGCUAAACAUAGACAAUUACAAGUCUAACCGUUACCUAUACGUGCUGAUGAUGGGUAUCACGGAGAUGCCGACAUACUUCGUAGCAUCAAUAAUUUUGAUAUUUAUGGGUAGACGCAAGUCUACUGUAAUUCUGUACCUGAUAACCUGUGUCUGCUUAAUAAGCAUAGUAGCCGUUCCAGACGAUCAUAAAGGUCUAAUAGUGGGAAUAACAUUGGCUGGAAGGUUCGCUUUGAACGCAGUUUCUAGUAUCAUUAUACUAAUUACCUCGGACUUGUUUCCUACAGAAGUGAGGAACUCUGCAGUAGGAACGAGCUCGCUGAUGGCGCAAAUAGGUUCACUAGCGGCGCCUUAUGUUGUUUAUUUGCUUGGAAAAGUCGCCUGGUGGGCGCCGACUACUCUCUGCGGAAUUUUAGCGUUCGCUACUGGUAUUCUUUCUAUCAUGAUUCCGGAUCAAUCUGAAGAUACGGACUCGGAAACUAAUCUAGAAAAAAAAAAUAGCUAUACAAUUUAA